AGAUAACUACAUCGAGAAAGAGAAGGGAUCAUGUUGACCAUGUGCAGCCGUCCUAACAUUGACAGAUGUGUUGGAAAGAAACCUUUGUACCCGUGGCCUGAAUUGUCAGAUGUGAGUGUCUUUCAAUGUAUCCUGGAUUAAGACUGUUCUGUGCUUUACUCUCCACUUGUGGUGAAUUCAUUGUGCAGGGCAGCCCUUUUUCUUAUAUAGCUAUAACAUAACAAACACCCUUCAUCCCUCCACUCUUUGUCUCUCAGAAUGUACAACGAUACCAUCCAGCAAGGGGUGGGAAAUCAGUCGACAAACAACUCCUGCGACAAGAACGAUGGUUUCAAGUACCCGUUGUACAGUACUAUCUUCAGCAUUGUGUUUGUGGUGGGACUGAUCACCAAUGUCGUGGCCAUGUACAUAUUUACCUGCUCUCUGAAGCUGAGGAACGAGACCACGACCUACAUGAUGAACCUGGUGGUGUCCGACCUGCUGUUUGUCUGCACGCUGCCCCUGAGGGUCUUCUACUUCAUCAACCAGAACUGGCCUUUCGGAAGCACGCUCUGCAAGGUCUCCGUCUCACUCUUCUACACCAACAUGUACGGCAGCAUGCUGUUUCUCACCUGCAUCAGCGUGGAUCGCUUUCUGGCCAUUGUGUACCCUUUUCGCUCGAGGGCGCUCAGGACCAAGCGCAACGCUAAGAUUGUGUGUGUUGCUGUAUGGGUGUUGGUGCUGUCUGGGAGUCUCCCCACAGGCUUCCUGUUGGAAACCACCUCACAGGAGAAGAGCAAGAACAACUCCACUUUCUGCUUUGAGAACUUCUCCUCCAAUCAGUGGAAAGCGCAUCUGUCCAAGGUGGUGAUCUUCAUAGAGACAGUGGGCUUCAUCAUCCCGCUUCUGCUCAACGUCUGUUGCUCCAUCAUGGUGCUGCACACCCUGCGUCGCCCCCAAACCAUCAGCCGUGGCGGGAAGCUGAACAAAACAAAGAUCCUGCGCAUGAUAGUUGUGCACCUCUUAAUUUUUUGUUUUUGCUUCAUCCCCUACAACGUAAACUUGGUUUUCUACGCUCUGGUCCGCACUAAAACGUUAACGGGCUGCUCUGUGGAGUCGGUGGUCCGGACGAUCUACCCAAUAGCCCUCUGCAUUGCUGUGUCCAACUGCUGCUUUGAUCCCAUUGUUUACUAUUUCACUUCGGAGACCAUCCAGAACUCCUUCAAGAGGAAGUCUCAGGUCAGCCGUACCUAUGACGCCAAGUUCUCAGAGGCCCUGCAGUCAGAAACCAGCUCCAACCUGCAGUGCAGCCUGAGGACUCUCAAGGCGAAAGUCUUUCACAAUGAGUCUUCAGUGUGAUGCUGGGGUAGCUGCAGUCAGCAUGAAAGGUAUUAAAAUCCAUCCCUCCAUGGAAAAACAAACCUCUUUCAGACAAUGGGAACAGCUUUCUUGGAUUGAAGCACCUGCCAAAGAGGUCUUCCCUGUCUUCAUCUCAGGACAAAUGUUUGGACUUGUCUUUGACAGCCUCUGCUCCUCAGUAUGACCCUUUGUUCACAUCCGUGGAUUUCUUAUUACUACUAACUAAUUUCCCUUUUCCUGUGGAAUAUUUUGUAAUUGUGUUAGGCACGAUUACUCUGAAAGUAACCUGGAGGGCAAUGUGAUCACUGAACACCAGAACAGUUGUGAUGUUGAAUUUGUGCCUAUAUAUUUGUACAUUUCCAUGGUAAGUUGAGAUGUUCACUUUAGAAUGGUAUCUAUUAAAUUAACAUAAAGUUAUAUCAAGCUAUAGAUUGUACAGGGCUUCUUUUUUGUUAUUGUAAAUUUCAAAUAAGUCACAGAAGGGCCUUUUUGUUCUGGAACCAUUUCAUUGUCCACUCAAUGUCUUUAUUGACUAUUAAAUGCACUGACACAGAAUUCCACUGCACUCAUGCUACAGUAAAUUAAUAAAAGUAAUGUACUGUUUAAAACAAA